UAAGAAGCCGGACCGAUGUGCACAGAGAAGGAAUGAAGGAAGUAUGGAUGUGAAGGAACGCAGGCCUUACUGCUCCUUGACCAAGAGCAGACGGGAAAAGGAACGGCGCUAUACAAACUCGUCCGCGGACAAUGAGGAGUGUAGGGUCCCCACGCAGAAGUCCUAUAGUUCCAGUGAAACCUUGAAAGCUUUUGAUCAUGAUUCUUCACGGCUGCUUUACGGAAACAGAGUAAAGGAUCUGGUCCACAGAGAAGCCGACGAGUACCCUAGACAAGGACAGAAUUUUACCCUAAGGCAGUUAGGAGUGUGUGAAUCCGCAACUCGAAGAGGAGUGGCAUUCUGUGCGGAAAUGGGGCUCCCUCACAGAGGUUACUCCAUCAGUGCAGGGUCAGAUGCUGAUACGGAAAACGAAGCAGUGAUGUCCCCUGAGCAUGCCAUGAGACUUUGGGGCAGGGGGGUCAAAUCGGGCCGCAGUUCCUGCCUGUCAAGCCGGUCCAACUCAGCCCUCACCCUGACAGACACGGAGCACGAGAACAGGUCGGACAGUGAGAGCGAGCAACCUGCAAACAACCAAGGGCAACCUACCCUGCAGCCUUUGCCGCCUUCCCAUAAGCAGCAUCCUGCCCAACAUCACCCGUCCAUCACUUCCCUCAAUAGAAACUCCCUGACCAAUAGAAGGAACCAGAGUCCGGCCCCGCCGGCUGCUUUGCCCGCCGAGCUGCAAACCACACCCGAGUCCGUCCAGCUGCAGGACAGCUGGGUCCUUGGCAGUAAUGUACCACUGGAAAGCAGGCAUUUCCUAUUCAAAACAGGGACAGGGACGACGCCACUGUUCAGUACGGCAACCCCGGGAUACACAAUGGCAUCUGGCUCUGUUUAUUCUCCGCCUACCCGGCCACUUCCUAGAAACACCCUAUCAAGAAGUGCUUUUAAAUUCAAGAAGUCUUCAAAGUACUGCAGCUGGAGAUGCACCGCACUGUGUGCUGUAGGGGUCUCGGUGCUCCUGGCCAUACUCCUCUCCUAUUUUAUAGCAAUGCAUCUAUUUGGCCUCAACUGGCACUUACAGCAGACCGAAAAUGACACAUUCGAGAAUGGAAAAGUGAAUUCUGACACCAUGCCAACAAACACUGUAUCGUUACCUUCUGGCGACAAUGGAAAAUUAGGUGGAAUUACCCAUGAAAAUAACACCAUAGAUUCCGGAGAACUUGAUAUUGGCCGGAGAGCAAUUCAAGAGGUUCCCCCCGGGAUCUUCUGGAGAUCGCAGCUCUUUAUCGAUCAGCCACAGUUUCUCAAGUUCAACAUCUCUCUUCAGAAGGAUGCAUUGAUCGGAGUGUACGGCCGGAAGGGCUUACCGCCUUCCCAUACUCAGUACGACUUUGUGGAGCUCCUGGAUGGCAGCAGGUUAAUUGCAAGAGAGCAGCGGAACCUGGUGGAAUCUGAAAGAGCCGGGCGGCAGGCGAGAUCCGUCAGCCUGCACGAAGCUGGCUUUAUCCAGUACUUGGAUUCUGGAAUCUGGCAUCUGGCCUUUUAUAACGAUGGGAAAAAUCCAGAGCAGGUUUCUUUUAACACUAUCAUUAUAGAGUCUGUGGUGGAAUGCCCCCGAAAUUGCCAUGGAAACGGAGAGUGUGUUUCUGGAACUUGCCAUUGUUUCCCAGGGUUUCUGGGUCCGGAUUGUUCAAGAGCAGCCUGUCCCGUGCUCUGUAGUGGCAAUGGGCAGUACUCCAAGGGCCGCUGCCUGUGCUUCAGCGGCUGGAAGGGCACCGAGUGUGACGUGCCGACUACCCAGUGCAUUGACCCGCAGUGUGGGGGUCGUGGGAUUUGCAUCAUGGGCUCUUGUGCUUGUAACUCGGGAUACAAAGGAGAAAACUGUGAAGAAGCGGACUGCCUAGAUCCUGGAUGUUCUAAUCAUGGGGUGUGUAUCCAUGGGGAAUGUCACUGCAAUCCAGGAUGGGGUGGCAGCAACUGUGAAAUACUGAAGACUAUGUGUGCGGACCAGUGCUCGGGCCAUGGGACAUACCUUCAGGAAAGCGGCUCUUGCACUUGUGACCCAAAUUGGACUGGCCCCGACUGCUCAAAUGAAAUAUGUUCGGUGGACUGCGGCUCACACGGUGUCUGCAUGGGGGGCACCUGUCGCUGUGAAGAAGGCUGGACAGGCCCAGCAUGUAAUCAGAGAGCUUGCCACCCUCGCUGUGCCGAACACGGAACCUGCAAGGACGGCAAGUGCGAGUGUAGCCAAGGAUGGAACGGAGAACACUGCACGAUCGAGGGUUGCCCCGGCUUGUGCAACAGCAAUGGGAGAUGUACACUGGACCAAAACGGCUGGCAUUGUGUUUGCCAGCCAGGGUGGAGAGGAGCAGGCUGUGAUGUAGCCAUGGAGACUCUCUGUACAGACAGCAAAGACAACGAAGGAGAUGGACUCAUUGACUGCAUGGAUCCUGAUUGCUGCCUCCAGAGCUCCUGCCAAAACCAGCCCUACUGCCGUGGCUUGCCUGAUCCUCAGGAUAUCAUUAGCCAAAGCCUUCAGACACCAUCUCAGCAAGCUGCCAAGUCGUUCUAUGACAGAAUCAGUUUCCUGAUUGGAUCGGAUAGCACCCACGUGCUCCCUGGAGAAAGUCCAUUCAAUAAGAGCCUUGCGUCCGUCAUCAGAGGCCAAGUACUAACCGCUGACGGAACCCCACUUAUUGGCGUCAAUGUGUCGUUUUUACAUUACUCAGAGUACGGAUACACCAUUACCCGCCAGGAUGGAAUGUUUGACUUGGUGGCAAAUGGUGGCGCUUCUCUGACUCUGGUAUUCGAGCGUUCCCCGUUCCUCACUCAGUACCAUACUGUGUGGAUCCCCUGGAAUGUCUUUUAUGUGAUGGAUACCCUUGUCAUGAAGAAAGAAGAGAACGACAUCCCCAGCUGUGACCUCAGUGGGUUUGUGAGGCCGAGUCCUAUCAUCGUGUCUUCACCAUUAUCCACCUUCUUCAGGUCUUCCCCGGAGGACAGCCCCAUCAUCCCCGAGACACAGGUCCUGCAUGAAGAAACCACAAUUCCAGGAACGGAUUUGAAACUUUCCUACCUGAGUUCCAGAGCGGCAGGGUACAAGUCAGUCCUCAAGAUCACCAUGACCCAGGCCGUCAUACCAUUUAACCUCAUGAAGGUCCAUCUGAUGGUAGCCGUGGUUGGGAGACUCUUCCAGAAGUGGUUUCCUGCCUCACCAAACUUGGCCUAUACGUUCAUCUGGGAUAAGACAGAUGCAUAUAACCAGAAAGUCUACGGCCUGUCAGAGGCAGUGGUGUCUGUUGGAUACGAGUAUGAGUCGUGCUUGGACCUGACGCUAUGGGAAAAGAGGACUGCUAUUUUGCAGGGUUACGAGCUGGAUGCUUCUAACAUGGGUGGCUGGACAUUGGACAAGCAUCAUGUACUGGAUGUUCAGAAUGGUAUACUGUACAAAGGAAAUGGGGAAAAUCAGUUCAUCUCUCAGCAGCCUCCGGUGGUCAGCAGCAUCAUGGGUAAUGGUCGGAGGCGGAGCAUCUCAUGCCCAAGUUGCAAUGGUCAAGCUGAUGGGAACAAGCUGCUGGCACCAGUUGCACUAGCCUGUGGGAUCGAUGGCAGUCUAUACGUAGGGGAUUUCAAUUAUGUCCGGCGGAUAUUCCCUUCUGGGAAUGUGACAAGUGUUUUAGAACUAAGCAGCAACCCAGCUCACAGAUACUACCUGGCUACGGAUCCCGUCACCGGAGAUUUGUACGUUUCUGAUACUAACACCCGCAGAAUCUAUCGGCCGAAGUCACUCACGGGGGCCAAAGACCUGACUAAAAAUGCUGAAGUGGUGGCAGGGACCGGGGAGCAGUGCCUGCCCUUUGACGAGGCCAGGUGUGGGGACGGAGGGAAAGCUGUGGAGGCAACGCUCAUGAGUCCCAAAGGGAUGGCGAUCGAUAAGAACGGACUGAUCUACUUUGUGGAUGGAACCAUGAUCAGAAAGGUUGAUCAAAAUGGAAUCAUAUCAACUCUCCUGGGCUCCAACGACCUCACAUCAGCCCGACCUUUAACCUGUGACACUAGCAUGCACAUCAGUCAGGUGCGUCUGGAAUGGCCCACCGAUCUUGCCAUUAACCCCAUGGAUAACUCCAUCUACGUCCUGGAUAAUAACGUAGUUUUACAGAUCACCGAAAACCGUCAAGUUCGCAUUGCUGCCGGACGGCCCAUGCACUGUCAGGUCCCUGGAGUGGAGUACCCCGUGGGGAAGCAUGCAGUUCAGACCACCCUGGAGUCAGCCACUGCCAUUGCCGUGUCCUACAGCGGGAUCCUUUACAUUACAGAAACUGAUGAGAAGAAGAUCAACCGAAUAAGGCAGGUCACCACAGACGGGGAGAUCUCCUUAGUGGCUGGGAUACCGUCGGAAUGUGACUGCAAGAACGACGCCAACUGUGACUGCUACCAAAGUGGAGACGGCUACGCCAAAGAUGCCAAACUCAGUGCACCGUCCUCCCUAGCCGCCUCUCCAGAUGGCACGCUGUACAUUGCCGAUCUGGGAAAUAUCCGGAUCCGGGCCGUGUCAAAGAAUAAACCUUUACUCAACUCCAUGAACUUUUACGAAGUUGCCUCUCCAACUGAUCAAGAGCUGUACAUCUUUGACAUCAAUGGGACUCACCAGUACACCGUGAGCCUGGUCACGGGUGACUACCUGUAUAAUUUUAGUUACAGCAACGACAAUGACGUCACCGCUGUAACAGACAGCAAUGGCAAUACCCUCCGAAUCCGAAGGGAUCCGAAUCGGAUGCCAGUGCGAGUGGUGUCUCCCGAUAACCAGGUGAUAUGGUUGACCAUAGGCACCAAUGGGUGUCUGAAAAGCAUGACCGCUCAGGGUCUGGAACUGGUUUUGUUUACUUACCAUGGCAACAGUGGGCUUUUAGCCACCAAAAGUGACGAAACUGGAUGGACAACAUUUUUUGACUACGACAGUGAAGGUCGCCUGACAAAUGUUACCUUCCCAACUGGGGUGGUGACAAACCUGCACGGGGACAUGGACAAGGCCAUCACAGUGGACAUUGAGUCAUCCAGCCGAGAGGAAGAUGUCAGCAUCACUUCAAAUUUGUCCUCCAUCGAUUCGUUCUACACCAUGGUCCAAGACCAGUUAAGAAACAGUUACCAGAUUGGGUAUGAUGGCUCCCUUAGAAUCUUCUAUGCCAGUGGUCUAGACUCUCACUACCAGACAGAGCCCCACGUUCUGGCAGGCACCGCGAAUCCUACAGUGGCCAAAAGAAACAUGACUCUUCCUGGUGAGAACGGACAAAAUUUGGUGGAAUGGAGAUUCCGGAAAGAACAAGCCCAAGGCAAAGUCAACGUGUUCGGCCGGAAGCUCAGGGUCAACGGGCGCAACCUCCUGUCAGUGGACUUUGAUCGGACCACCAAGACGGAAAAGAUCUAUGAUGACCACCGGAAAUUUCUCCUGAGGAUCGCUUACGACACAUCGGGGCACCCGACUCUCUGGCUGCCUAGUAGCAAGCUGAUGGCGGUCAACGUCACCUACUCAUCCACUGGUCAAAUUGCCAGCAUCCAGAGAGGGACCACUAGUGAAAAGGUGGACUAUGACAGCCAGGGGAGGAUCGUCUCUCGGGUCUUUGCCGAUGGGAAAACGUGGAGUUACACGUACUUGGAAAAGUCCAUGGUCCUUCUGCUUCAUAGCCAGCGGCAGUACAUCUUCGAAUACGAUAUGUGGGACCGCCUGUCGGCCAUCACCAUGCCCAGUGUGGCUCGCCACACCAUGCAGACCAUCCGGUCCAUUGGCUACUACCGCAACAUAUACAACCCCCCAGAAAGCAAUGCUUCUAUCAUCACAGACUAUAACGAGGAAGGGCUACUUCUGCAGACGGCUUUCCUGGGAACAAGUCGGAGGGUCUUAUUCAAGUAUAGAAGGCAAACCAGGCUAUCAGAAAUUUUAUACGAUAGCACAAGAGUCAGUUUUACCUAUGAUGAAACAGCAGGAGUCCUGAAAACAGUAAACCUUCAGAGCGAUGGUUUUAUUUGCACCAUUAGAUACAGGCAAAUUGGCCCCCUGAUUGACAGACAGAUUUUCCGCUUCAGUGAGGAUGGAAUGGUAAAUGCGAGAUUUGACUAUAGCUAUGACAACAGCUUCCGAGUGACCAGCAUGCAGGGUGUCAUCAAUGAAACGCCACUGCCCAUUGAUCUAUACCAGUUCGAUGACAUUUCUGGCAAAGUUGAGCAGUUCGGAAAAUUUGGAGUUAUAUACUACGACAUCAACCAGAUCAUUUCCACGGCUGUGAUGACUUACACGAAGCACUUCGACGCCCACGGUCGCAUCAAGGAGAUCCAAUAUGAGAUAUUCAGGUCACUCAUGUACUGGAUUACAAUUCAAUAUGAUAAUAUGGGCCGGGUAACCAAGAGAGAGAUUAAAAUAGGGCCUUUCGCCAACACUACCAAGUACGCGUAUGAAUACGACGUUGAUGGACAGCUCCAAACGGUUUACCUGAACGAGAAGAUCAUGUGGCGGUACAACUAUGACCUGAAUGGAAACCUCCACCUGCUGAACCCCAGCAGCAGCGCCCGCCUGACACCUCUUCGCUACGACCUGCGUGACAGAAUCACCCGCCUGGGCGAUGUUCAGUACCGGCUGGAUGAAGAUGGCUUCCUCCGUCAGAGAGGCACAGAAAUUUUUGAAUACAGCUCCAAGGGGCUUCUGACUCGAGUCUACAGUAAAGGUAGUGGCUGGACGGUGAUCUAUCGGUAUGAUGGCCUGGGAAGGCGUGUUUCUAGCAAAACCAGUCUGGGACAGCACCUUCAGUUUUUCUAUGCUGACCUGACGUACCCCACCAGGAUCACUCAUGUCUACAACCAUUCGAGUUCAGAAAUCACCUCCCUUUACUAUGACCUCCAAGGACAUCUUUUCGCCAUGGAGAUCAGCAGUGGGGACGAGUUCUACAUUGCCUCGGAUAACACGGGGACUCCACUGGCUGUUUUUAGUAGCAACGGGCUCAUGCUGAAACAGAUUCAGUACACUGCCUACGGUGAGAUCUACUUUGAUUCCAACAUCGACUUUCAGCUGGUGAUUGGGUUCCACGGAGGCCUGUAUGACCCACUCACCAAAUUAAUCCACUUUGGAGAAAGAGAUUACGACAUUUUGGCAGGAAGAUGGACCACACCGGACAUUGAGAUCUGGAAAAAAAUAGGAAAGGACCCUGCUCCUUUUAACCUGUAUAUGUUCCGGAAUAACAACCCUGCAAGCAAAAUCCAUGACGUGAAAGACUACAUCACAGAUGUUAACAGCUGGCUGGUGACAUUUGGCUUCCAUCUGCACAAUGCUAUUCCUGGAUUCCCUGUUCCCAAAUUUGAUUUAACAGAACCUUCCUACGAACUUGUGAAGAGUCAACAGUGGGAAGACGUGCCGCCCAUCUUUGGAGUUCAGCAGCAAGUGGCAAGGCAAGCCAAGGCCUUCUUGUCCCUGGGGAAGAUGGCCGAAGUGCAGGUGAGCCGACGCAAGGCUGGAGGCGAGCAGUCGUGGCUGUGGUUCGCCACCGUCAAGUCGCUCAUCGGCAAGGGCGUCAUGCUGGCCGUGAGCCAGGGCCGCGUGCAGACCAACGUGCUCAACAUCGCCAACGAGGACUGCAUCAAGGUGGCUGCGGUGCUCAACAAUGCCUUCUACCUGGAGAACCUACACUUCACCAUCGAGGGCAAGGACACGCACUACUUUAUCAAGACCACCACGCCCGAGAGCGACCUGGGCACGCUGCGGCUGACCAGCGGCCGCAAGGCCCUGGAGAACGGUAUCAACGUGACAGUGUCGCAGUCCACCACGGUGGUGAAUGGCAGGACUCGCAGGUUCGCAGACGUGGAGAUGCAGUUCGGCGCCCUGGCGCUGCAUGUGCGCUAUGGCAUGACGCUGGACGAGGAGAAGGCGCGCAUCCUGGAGCAGGCGCGCCAGCGCGCUCUCGCCCGGGCAUGGGCGCGCGAGCAGCAGCGCGUGCGCGACGGCGAGGAGGGUGCGCGCCUCUGGACGGAGGGUGAGAAGCGGCAGCUGCUGAGCGCCGGCAAGGUGCAGGGCUACGAUGGGUACUACGUACUGUCGGUGGAGCAGUACCCCGAGCUGGCUGACAGUGCCAACAACAUCCAGUUCCUGCGACAAAGUGAGAUCGGCAAGAGGUAACCCCCGGGCCACCCCUGCGCAGAUUCUCCUGUAGCACAAUCCGAACCGGACUCUCCAAAGAGCCUUCCAGAAUGACACUGCUCUGCAGACACACACACCGCAGACACACAUGCAACACAAACCAGAAACAAAGACAACUCUUUUUUUCUGAAUGACCUUAAAGGUGAUCGGCUUUAAAGAAUAUGUUUACAUACGCAUAUCGCUGCACUCAAUUGGACUGGAAGUAUGAGAAGGGGGGAAAAAAGCAUUAAAAAAAAGGCAACGUUUUGCCAUGACCCUCUGUACCUUCGAGGCACUGUAUUUAACAAAGGUUUUAAAAAGAAAAAAAAAAUGCGUACAAUGUUUCCAGAUAUUACUGAAUUGUCGACCUUUGCUUACAGGAAGUAAUCUCUACUUAGGAUGUGAUAUAUAUAGAUCUGUUCAUUUUAAAAUGUGGGGCAAAGUUACUGUUUCUAGAACCCAACUGCUUUCCCGUGCUGCUUUGUAAAAGGACAUUGGCACAAGGGACGUCUGCUUCAGCGGGGAUUUAAUAAUGGAUUUUACUAACAUGGCUUGCCCUGGGAGGGAAAAACUGACAAAUAGAAUCCUUGUCACUGAUAAGCAAAGGAAACCCUGAUUUUUUUGUAAAUUAUGUGAGACAAGUUGUUUAUGGAUUUUUAUAUGAAUUACAAUUUACUGUACAUCAAAUAUUAGUCUCAGAGGAGUUAAUUUAUGUAAAGUGUUUAAAAAGUUUAUACUUAAAAAAUAAAAUGAUAAAAACAUGUGAACUGUGUGAUUUUUUUAAAAGAGGAUUGCACCUUUUGUUAUCUGUUAUAACUGUACAGUAUAACUUACUAUAUUGUAGAGAUAUAACAACUUAUGCCUAUCAUGUCCAGAAGUGUUAAUAUUUUUGUAUUAGGUUGAAAAGAACAAUGUGCAACUUUCUGUCACUUAGAUGGAUAGGACAGUGCAGUCCUCAGUGGGUGGCUAAUCAGAGAACUCCUUUUCUUCCUUCUCUUUCAUAUCAAGCCACUGGCCUCAACCAUUACCAACCAAGAGGCCCAGUUGACAUCCAAGGCUGGUGGAAUGUAAUGGAGGGUGUGGGGGAGGGAAACAAAGAGCAAAGAACCCAAGGAGAGAAGAGGCUCUCUGACCCUCUCUAGGCCCUAAAAGUCAAGCCGACUUCAUCGACCAGAGCUUUUAAUACUAUAUUGUUGUCCCUCGAUGCUCCACUUCAUGAUGGAGGAAAGAGACCACGAUCUGAUGCUCGGGGAACUUUUGUGGGGAGGGAAGGACUUGAUGUCAUGGUAACCAUGAACAUGUAUCUUAAUGUCUAGGAAAGAUAGCAAUAACCGAGCAAUGGUGAGCCAGGGGGGACCAACCAGUCAAGGUCACUCUCUGUGAGGCUUGGAGUUGGACCCUUAGGUCAGCCAGUGGGACCCAAACAGGAAGGCAAGCUCCCGUAAGCCCACACGGCCCAACCAUCACAGGGAAUGGUUUGAGUGGCAGCCUGUGCUGGCCAGGGGUAGCCUGGGGUACUGGGUGGAGUAGGAAGGAAACUGACGUCAGUGCCCCCCUCCCACUGAAAGCUUGGGGUUCCACCAUAGACACCAUCUGCACUUCUGUGCCAACCCAGCCACUCUGAAGAAUCUUUCAUGAGCACUGAAUUCAGCCACAAAAAUAUUUUUAGAAAAUAUUUCUCAGUUCAUUGAGCUAUAGUACACACUGUUUUCCUCUAUGUAUAAUGGUGAUAAAUAUAGCAAGUGAACAUGUCGUAAAUAUAAAGGUUCAAGUGAUGUAUUGAAAAUAAUUUUCUAACUGCUUUGUAUGUAUCACAUACUCUAAAUUGCACAGUAGGCGUGUUUAUUAAACAGAUUGGCUGGGAAAGUUUUGAAAUAGCUACUGAAUUUACAGUCUCAGUGCUAUUCCUGUUGCUGUGUAUGUGGUAGGGUAUACCGAAGUAAUUAAUCUUCUAAUGAAUGCUGAUAUUUUAUUAGAAUGAAAGCACAGAUUAGCAUUAAUAUUUUUUAUCCUGGAAAUCCUUUGGCGAGUACUGGGAAGCCCAAAUUUAGCAAACUAUGAGAUUUCAAACCACGUAAAUAUGGCUCUGUUGGACAUUUUAUUUUUUAACUGUUAACUUAGGUGUUUGCAGUUCUGUCGAAUGGGACUUCUGCAGGACUGUAUUUAGCAUGCUGUAAGUACUUUGGGGUGAAAUAGGCUCCGAGUCUAAAUUCUCAGAAAUGUCUGUGAUGUAUUGACCAUGAAUAGUUUAUACCACAUGACAGAAGUGAAUUUACACUCUUAACCCCUUCUUGACGUGGACUGGUCUUUACAGGGGCACCAAUAAAUGACAGAUCUGGAGAGUCUCCUGGUGCUUAUUUUAGAAGUCAAAUCAGCCCAAUUAGUAUCUUGUUAGUAGAUAUAACGAGCCUAUUUCUUUCUAAAAAGGCUUGUGGUCUGGACGUGCUUUUACAAGAAAUAGUGACCUUGGGGAAUAUGUAAACAAGAGAUCUUUUUCUAAGAGUUUGGGGGGAGGUUGGGGGACCUGUAUAAUGACAAAAAUUAGCUUACAACAAUGACAACCACAAAAAAAGAAACAAAAGAAAUUGAUAUUCAAAGUAUUUUAGGCAAAGCCAGUCAAAAUGCUUUCAUGAUAUUUUGAGAUGUAAAUUUUUGUCUGAUUUGUAUUGUUCUUUUCAUUUGCCUUCUUAACUUUAUAUGUGACCUGAAUUUUCCAUAACUUGAUGACUAUAGAUUGCAUCUAGGCAUUCCAAUAAAAGCCAACCCAAUGUGUGUGCGUU